AUGCGCGUAGCUGAUCGGAUGAAUGGAUACACUAAACACUGUUUUUAUUUUUAUUUUUUCCCCCUUUUUAUACUUUCCUCUUCCCAAUUUCUGUCCUCUGUAUCACUAACAUUGUUGAUGGUAUUUCUUCUGUUUCCGUUUCUCCAUUUCAUCUCCCUCUCACACAAACUCGUACAUACUUUAAAAAAAAAAAGAGAAGAAACUGUCCCUCAACAGGUUUCUUUGUGUUGCUCUACUUAUCGUCGAAAACUCUUCUUUCUUUUUUUCUUUUUCUUGUUUCUACUGAAAAGCAGACAUUUAUAUAGAGGGAGAGGAGCUGCGUAUUUGCAUUGCCUCCACCACCAAAAAGGGAAGGGUUGUAAGAAAAUUAUUUAUCAUCUCACAUAUACAAAAGCUGCUAUUGUAGUUUUUGAGAAGUUAUUUUUCCAAAAGAAGAAAAGCAAAAAAGGAAAUAGAUUAUCUGGAAAGCACGUAGAAGAGCAGGAAACAAAGCGGAGAGCACUAGGUUAG